AAGAAAAAUUCCGAAUGCAAUGCCUGCAGUGGAAAGCAAUGACUGAUGGGGAACAAUGCAAAAAACGGAGAUGCAGCUGUCUGCUGGUCUUCUGCUUUCACAAAUCAGCAAAGCAUGAAGCGAAAAAAUUGGCGGAAAAAACUCACGCCGAGUCUGAGAGUAAGAAAAUCAAGAUGAACAUCAACGGUAGAGCCUUACACUUUGUUUUCAAAAUCGGUGAGCGUAAAAACACCCUGAAAUUUUUCCGAGAGGUGUUAGGAAUGAAGGUACUUAGGCAUGAGGAGUUUUCUGAAGGCUGUGAGGCCGCUUGCAAUGGAAACUAUGAUACGCGCUGGAGCAAAACUAUGAUCGGCUAUGGCUCAGAAGACACACACUUUGUCAUUGAGCUGACUUACAACUACGGAAUUACUCAAUACGAGAAAGGAAAUGACUUUAUCGGCAUCGUUGUCAAGUCUCGUGAAGCAAUCGAGAGAGCUAAGGCGUUGGAGUGGCCCAUCAGGAAGGACGAGAAGCAUUUUGUCACUGAAGCUCCCGGCGGCUACCAGUUCUUUUUAAUUGACGAGCCCCAACCCUCCAAUGGCGAUCCAGUGCAGUCCGUCUUAGUUGCUAGUUCGAAUUUGCAACGGAGCGUCGACUUCUGGCACGGAACGCUGGGACUGCAACUGCACAGCAAGGAGGAAAAGGCGGCAGUCGUGUCAUUUGGAGAUGGCCAAGCUAAGCUCGAGAUCAGGGAUAUAGGAGGCCCUGUCGAGCGCGCUAAGGCCUACGGCAGAAUUGCUUUUUCUUGCCCCUCCGACCAACAGCCGAUGAUCAGCGAGAAAAUAACAGAGACCAAGAACACGAUUCUCACUCCGCUGAUUUCUCUACCCACCCCAGGGAAGGCCACUGUUCGAGUCAUCAUUCUCGCUGACCCUGACGGACACGAGAUUUGCUUUGUCAAUGAUGAAAGCUAUCGCAAACUCUCCGAGUUCGACCCACAAGCGGCCUCACUUUUGGAGAAAGCGAUGAAGAAAGAUGCGUAAAGAGUGAACCUGACUCAGAGGACCCAUUAACCACUUGACCAGCGAUGCCAUUAAUUUGUAAACAAACGUUGUUCUCGGCAAUUUUUGAUAAAAAAGCUGUUGAUAUUGAUUACCAAUAAAGUGGAUAUUAUAAUUGUAUAA